AUGAAAAGAGAAGCUGUUCAUGUACUUGUCAACGAUGAUAUAGAAAAUGAUAAAAACGAAAAAACAAAAGAAGAUAUCCUUUUAGAAUAUUUGAGAGAUAAUAAUAUAAAAUCAUGUAAUUUCUUGAAUAGUAUAUGGAUAUAUUAUUAUUAUAAUAAUAUAAAAACUCUUACAAAAAAAAUAAAGGAGUUACAAAAUGAAAAGAAUAAUAAAAUUAAUUUAGAAAAGUAUUUAUUAACCUUAAGCAUAAAUAUUAAUGAAGCCAUUACAUAUUUUGAGGAGAUUUUGAUACAUGUUAUGAAAGCAUAUGAUCAGAAAAAAUAUGAAUACGUUUUGUAUAUGAUUAGAGUUACAUCUACAAGAAACAAGUAUUCUAAUUAUUUGAAGAAAUGUGAGGGGCAAUAUAUAUAUAGAAGUCUAAGUAAUGAUACAUAUGAAUAUGAUAAUUAUGUGAAUAAUAUUAUAGAUAAAUUUCAUGCAGAAGAAAAGAAAAGAAGGAACAAUGAAAAGGAAACAAGUAAAGUGGAAAAUAUUGAAGAAAUAAUAAACAAUAUAGAUAUUAUAAACAAAAUACAGGACAAAAAUAAAGAAAAACGUACAUGCAACAACAACAACAAUAAUAAUAAUAAUAAUAAUAAAAAUGUGGAGGAUGAAUAUUUAUAUUUAUACAAAAAUUUGGAACUGUGUAGAAUAUGUGUUAGUAACAUAUUCAAAAUAUUUGGAGACUUAUUUAGAUAUAAAUAUUAUUUUUUUGAAGAAAGUAGGAAAGUGAAUGAAAUAAAAGCAUGUAUAAAUUAUUACAAUUCAUUAAAUUAUUAUGGAUAUAACGGUUAUUUAUUUAACCAGAUAUGUUUAUUAUAUGUCAAUUAUAAUCCUAUAAAAUGUAUGUUCUUUUAUUUUUUAUCUAUUAUAUCACAUAGACCUUCUAUGAAUAGGGAUACGAUUAUUAUGUUCAUGGAAAGCAUAUUAAAUGAAAGGAAGAGGAUGAGUAAGUUAAUAGAAGAUUCAAAGAAAUACAAAGGUGGAAAUAUAUGUAACAAGGAUAUAAAUGAAAAAUUUAGUAACCUGAUUAGUAUCAAGAGGAAUGAUUAUAAUAAGAGUGAUUAUUUUGAUAGUAAUCGUUAUGGUGGAAAAUAUAUAUAUCGUAUUAAUGGACAUAAUAAUAAUAGUAAUAAUAAUAAUAAUUAUUAUUAUUAUAAUAAUGAAAAGGAAUAUGAUAGUCAUCAUAGAUAUAAUAGAGAAUACACUUAUUAUGAUAAUUAUUAUAAUUAUUAUUAUGCCAUACGUAAAUCAAAAUAUGGAUAUCACGCUAACAGGAAUGGUAAUAAAAGCAAUCCAAGUAAUUUCAUUAGUUCCUCUUUUUCAGAUAUCAAAAGGGAUGAUGAAAUGUCAUAUAAUAAUAGACGCAGUAGUACUAAUAGUACCAGUAGUAAUAAUAAUAAACAUAAUAAUGUGAAUGCGUAUAUGAAAGAUUAUGAUUACUCCAAUAGAAAGGAAAUCAAUGAAUAUUCUGAUGUAAAAGAUAGAGAAGAAAAUAUAUAUUUGUGCUAUAAGGAUUGUAAAAAUAAAAUAAAAAAAAUGUUUUUAAAGGAAAAAAAAAAUCUUAAAAAUGAAAAGGAAAAGAAUCAAGAUGAUGUAGUAAAAAAAUCAAAGGAGGAAUUAAUAAAACCAGAUGAUAAUAAAAAGGAUUAUAUCCUAUUAAAAAAUAGAAAUAUGAAUGAUGAUGACACAACCGAAAUGAAAUUAAAUGAAACAAUAAUAAAUUUUUAUAUUAGUUAUUUUAAGAUUAUAAAAUUAUUAUUUUCCAAAAUAGAUAUGAACAAGUUUGAAAAGAAAAAAAAUAAAUUUAUAUAUUAUACAAAUAAAUAUUUAAGAAUUCAAUAUUAUAAUAAUAAACAAGAUAAAUUAAUGUUAAAAAAUAUCAUCAUAAUACUUUUUACACUUUUGAGUAUGAUAGUUUAUAUUAUUAUAAAUCAUUAUGAAAAGAAAAGAAAUACAAUUGGUUUCUUUUUUUAUGGAAAUAUUAAUAUAAGGAAAUAUAUAUAUAAAAAUGAACAGAUAUAUUUUACAUUUGUAUUAAUACAUGAAAUAUUAUUAUCAUGUAAAUAUUUUUAUGAACAUUUUUAUGAACAUUACUUAUCAGUUUUUAUAUAUACAUUAUACUGGUUAAAAAAUGAACACAAUCUUUUUAAUUAUCCUAUGGAUAUAUUAAAUGAAGAGGAUGAUAGAGAAAAAAAUUCUCUCAUUAAUCAAUAUCAUGAAGAUUAUAAAAAAAAAAAAACUGUUUAUCUUAUUACACACAAGAUAAAAGAAAAUAUUAAAGUGGAGGGUAAUAAUUCACAUGAUUCUAAAGACAAUACUUUAAAUUCAAUUCCCAACGAUAAUAAAAAGGGAAAUGAAAAAAAUCAUGUACACCUUACAAAUAAUGUUAGUAUGAAUAAUAUAUAUGAUGAUAUGAAUAUGUUAGAUAAAAAUAAAGAUAUUAUCAAAAUUAUAAGAGAACUGUUAUGUAGCUUAAAUAUAAAAAAGGAUGUUCAAGUAGAUAAUUCAUAUUUGCACUUUAAAUUGAAAGAAGAUUUUUAUAUUCAUCCAUUUUUAAGUGUGUUGCAAUUUAAGAAAAUGGAUAUUGUAAAAAAUGAAGAAGAUACAAAAUAUAAGCAAGAUAAAAUAAAGGUAAAUAUAAAAAAGAGCAUCCAUUCCAAUGUUGAAGAAAAAAAAAACAAUAAAUCUAUCUCUUCAAAUGAGGAAUAUUCUUUUGAAGAUUCAAAUGAUGAUGAUGAUAUUGUUGUUUUAAAAAACCCUUUAUUUGAAAAACCAGAUGAUAUCUUACCUGAAUGUAUAAUAGACUCUAAAAUGAUGAAAUUAAAUAAAAAAUUAGAUUCUUUUAAUAAUUUAUAUGAUAAGUGUAUCGAGCCUAUAAGUACUAAUAAUUCAGAUAUAACAAAAGAAGAGACUGAUUUGUCGCAAAUGGACAUUGAACAUAGCAAAUUGAAACAUUUAGAUUCAUCCAUAUGUGUUGAUGAAAAGAUAGAGAAAGAGUCGUCUCUAACAUCUGAUAAGAAAGAGGAUUGUAUAGAGACAGAGGAGUAUAUUAUAGCUACAAAAAAUAUUGAUUAUGAUAUAGAACUUGAGAAAAGGAUAAAAAUUUCUCGAUACCUCUCUUUAGUUGACGAUGUAGUAAAAAAAAACAAAAUGGACACCAAUGGAGAUAUAAAUGGAGAUAUAAAUGGAGAUAUAAAUGGAGAUAUAAAUGGAGAUAUAAAUGGAGAUAUAAAUGGAGAUAUAAAUGAAGAUAUAAAUAAAGAUACAAAUGAAGAUACACAUAUAGAUACACAUGAUCAUACACAUGAUGAUAUUCGUUAUAACAUCCUUUUUGAAAGUUUAUAUAUCAAAUGCGUUGAAAUUGAAGAGGAAAAUAUGAAACUCAAAAAUUUAAAGAUAGAAUAUGACAAAAAUACUAAUUAUCAUAUACAUAAUAAUGAUAAUACAAACGAUUACACAUAUAUAAAUGAAAAAGAAGUAUUUCCUAGUACUAAUAAUAUUUGCGAUAAUAAAAGUUUCCCUUUUACUAAGAUAAAAAAAAUAGAUGAUAAUAUGCCUAUGGAAGAAGUCGAAAAUACAUAUGCUGCUUUAUAUGAAAAUAUUAUUAAAAAUAAAAAUAUUGAAAAUGUUAAUAAUGUAUCAGAUAAGGGGAAUGAUAUUAUAUAUGAUAUUAAAGAUAGUCAUAAGGAGAAUCCUAUAAAUAAGGACACGAAAUGUAUAAUAUUGAAUACCUCAAAUGUUACAACUAUGAAUAGUAUAAAGAAUGAAGAAGAGAGAGAAAUAGAAAUAUGUAAAAAGGAAUAUGAAAAGAAUAAUGAUUAUAAUAAAUUAAUAGAAAAUAAUGAAGGAAAUAAAAUGAAAGAUGAUAAGAUCGAAGAUAAUGAUAUGGAGAAUAUAUUUAAUUAUAAAAAUAAUGAAGGAAAUAAAAUGAAAGAUGAUAAGAUCGAAAAUAAUGAUAUGGAGAAUACAUUUAAUUAUAAAAAUAAUGACGGAGAUUCUUUAGAAAGCACAAAUCAUACUUGUGUAAUAAAAAGCAUUAUGAUAAAUAAAAAUAACAAUAUUGUUGAUGAGAAACAAUCGUUACAUGAUAAUAAAAAUAUGUGUAAUCAUUCUGUAUACAAUGAAGAAAAUAUAAAGUCUGUUGAUACGAAUGAUAUAAGCACACAUCCUAAUAUUAUUGAAGAUAAUCAUGUAAACGAGUUAAGUGUGUGUAAGGAUGAUGUUUUCUUUUAUGAAGUCUCUGAUCAUCAUAAAUAUAUAAGUGUGAAUAAAAAAAAUGAUAAUAUUGAAAAUAAAAAUGAAUUUGAUAUAAUGAAAAACACGAACAUUAUGAACGUUUCUCUAAAUAAUGAUGUCCAAAUGUUAAGGAAAUCUUUUAAUAUUCAAUCGAAUAUAAUAUUAAAUAAAGGAGAAGAUUCAAAUACUGAUGUAUCAUUAAAGUAUGAACAUUUUUUGAUGAACGAAAAAUUUAUUAAACAUGAAGACGACAACAACAAAAAUGACAGUAAUAGUAAUAAUAAUAAUAAUAAUAAUUAUUGGAGUGAUGUAACUUUUGGAAAUGAUAAUUCUUUAUUUGUUUAUAAUAAUACAUAUAGAGAACAGUCUAAUAUACUUAAUAAAAACCUAGAUUAUAAAGAUAGCAAAAAAAUAAAUCAUCAUGAAGAAAAGAAUAAUAAUCAUAUUAUAUCUGCUAAUGAUGUUUUAAAUCGAGCAUUAUAUCUAAAGAGUGCAGAGAGACAUAAUUUAUAUCUUUUAUUAAAAAAAGAAAAAGAAAAAAUUAUAUUAAUUGACGGGAAAAAUAUUGGGACUAGGUAUCAAAAUAAUUAUAUAAAAUAUUUUGAUGUCUUGAGAAUAAAGCAUGCUUUAGAAUAUUAUAAAAAAAAAGAAUAUAAUGUAAAAAUUAUUAUUCCAAAAGAAUAUAUAUUAUUAGAGAAGACUAAAAGAUAUACGAAUAAAAGUAUACCAUACUGCAACAACAACGACAAAAAUGACAACAAUAAUAAUAAUAAUAAUAGUAGUAGUAAUUACUGCGAUGUGUAUAAAAAUAUGAAUUCUAAUGUUUAUAAUAAUGUUCAUAAUCAUGUUCAUAAUAAUGUUCAUAAUAAUGUUCAUAAUAAUAUUCCUAAUCAUAUACAUAAUAAUAAUAUAUAUAACAAUACAUAUCAAAAUAGUAAUAUUUAUGAAUAUAAUAAUAUCUAUCAUAAUAAUAAUUAUAAUCAUAUGAAUUCUAAUAAAUGUCCUAAUGAUUAUGGUGAUAUAUGUAAUUAUCAUCAUUCAAGUGAUGAAUAUCCUCAAGCUUUUGAGUUUUCUUUAAAAAAAGAAGAUUUAUUAUAUUUACAACAUUUAAAUAUCUUAGGUUAUUUAAUAAUAGAACCAAUGGAAAAUUAUUAUCAUUCUUGUAUUGAACAUAUUAUCAAAUCUAAUUCUUGUUUAGUAACAAAUAUAUCUAUAUCUCAAUUGGAUAGUGGAUUUCAUCAUUUACAUAUUACAUCUAAAACUCUUUCGUCUUAUUUUAUAUCCUAUACAUUCCUAGGCGAUGAAUUUUUGCCUAACCCUAAUUUUAUUUGGCCUCCCAUAAGUAAAAAUAAAAAGUAUAAAAAUAUUGUACAUAUGAUAUAUGCAAGGUUAAACAUAUAA